CCCAUGAAUGUUUCCGUUUGACACAAACAAGAGGACUUACUUCUAAAUCGUGCAUUAAAGAUGAUUGGAAGAAACAUCUUUGUUGCAGUUGAUAUACUGGAGACCAUAACAAAAGCAACUCCUGUCUUGCCACCAACGCGUUCAGUAGAUGGAGAUGGCAGAGGCGAAGGCUAUUUUGUGUUGUUGUUGCUGAUUUAGGGAUCGGUUUGUGAAGAAGAGGGGAAAGAGAGGGGGAAAGGGAAAUGUAGGAGAGAGGGAUAACUCUUUUCUCCGAAAAAAAUGGAGUGAAGAAAGGAAUUAUGAUCAGCAAAUCAUGCUCGAGAUGACAACUCGCUGAUAUGGCUGGUGCAAGGAAUGAAGCCAUCAUUAGAAUUCAGACCGACAACGGGGAGGAAUGCCCAGGACUAAUUCAAUGAUGAUUGAUGAUGGUAUAAUAAAAACUGCAGUCUGCAUCAGCACCAAUUUCUAGGCCUAAGUAAAGUUAUUCAACCCAGAACCCUGCUUAGCGCUAAAAAUUGCCCUCACCCAACCUUGAUCCUGUUUGACCCACUUAUGAAGAGUCAAGAUAUAUUACUAAUCCUUUCUGUUCGUAUUUUCUUAUUAACUCUUUCUGACCCUUUAGGUUGGGGCGGGUCGGGAAGAAUCGGAUUAGUGGGUCGGUCCUAAUCAAGUGGAAUCUCAAUCCCUUCACUCUCACUUGCUUUCUCUCCCAUUUCACAAGUGGGUAACAUACAGUAAUCAGGCCAACGGGCCGGGUAAUAAGCUAGUAUAUUUUAACGAGUUCCCAAAUUUUAACAAAUGAAAGUCCUAAUUCUCCCAAUUGAAUUGACAGCGAAAGCUCAUCGAUUUCCCGACAUAGAUCCCUUCCCUCCUACCCAUCGCCUACCGCCAUACAUAGUGUAGCCCUUGCAGCCACCAAGCUCCGUCUUCGUUUGGUGAUUAUGGCCCCACUUCCCGAUGAGGAAGAAAUAUAUUUGUUAUCCUUAUUAUUAUUUCUGUGAUAAAUAAAUAAAUGAAACCUCCACUUCUUCUUCAUAAUCCACACCCAGAUUUCAGAAGCAAAGGAUCCACAAAUUCCAAAGGAUCAAGGGCUACCCCACGUUCUCAACUCCUUUCCCCCAGCUCCUUUUUCUUCCCUCAGCCGCCAUCGUUCCUUUCAUUCUCCAUUACUAGUUCUUACCCUGCUCCUUCUCGCCAUCUGAGUAUCCUUGAGAUCUCCAUUUUCAGUUUUAUUUGGUUGCUCUCACUUGGGUUUGCUCUGUAUCAUUAGUGCAUCAUCUGGGUACCCUUUGAUUCCUCUCAAUUUUUUCGCAUUGAUUAAUAGCGGGGGAUCCUUAUUUGCGGGUUAUUUUGAUUCGUUCCGCAUCUGGAUAGGUGGAGCUUUUCCAAAUCUGGCAUGGAAUUCCCGUCAAGCCCUGGUUUUUAUUGUUUAGGGCGGUCGGGAUUCGGGACCUGUUGAACUUUCCUUCUGUUCUUGAUUUUGAACUUGUGCCGAUUCUGAAAGUUUCGUGCUUCGUCUGAAAGGGAUCCAAGUGUCGGCGGUGGGUUGGUAUAAGCUGUGUUGCGCUGAUUCCUUCUCGUGGGGUUCUGUAAAUGGGCGCUUUGGAUGAGGGGCAUUUCCAUGAGGUGCUUGAGAACGGAGUGGAACUAGAGCCGCCUCAGGGGAUUGAAGGCCAACCCGAAACUUUGGCUAUUGAGGAUGCUGUCAAAGUCCUUUUACAAGGUUUGGGGGAGGAUAUCAAUAGAGAAGGAAUAAAAAAGACUCCACUUCGUGUUGCUAAGGCUCUACGAGAAGGCACUAAAGGUUAUAAGCAAAAGGUGAAAGACAUAGUUGAAGGGGCUUUGUUCCCUGAAGCUGGUUUGGAUGCUGCAGUGGGAAAUGCAGGGGGAGCUGGUGGCCUUGUUGUUGUCCGGGAUCUUGAUCUCUUCUCUUACUGUGAGUCAUGUUUGCUUCCUUUCCAGUUCAAGUGCCACGUUGGUUAUAUUCCAUCUGGUCAAAGAGUUGUAGGGUUAAGCAAGCUUUCUAGGGUGGCUGAUGUAUUUGCAAAGCGACUCCAAGACCCACAGCGCCUAGCAAAUGAAGUCUGCUCAGCUCUUCAUCAUUGGAUCAAGCCAGCAGGUAUUGCUGUCGUGCUCCAGUGCUGGCACAUGCAUUUCCCAAGCUUAGAGUCAUUCCUUAUGGAGUCCAAUAGUCAGGGAUGGUUGAAGGUUUUGGUCCGUUCAGGUACUGGUGCUUUUGAAAAUGAUAAGGGUGGCAGCUGGAGUGAUUUUUUUAGCCUUCUGAAGUUCAGAGGCAUAAACAUCGACAAUUUCCUGGCAGAAGGCUCUAUAGCCUCAUGGUGUCCAUCACAAUCUUGGUCAAGUCUAAAAGGUUCUUCCAUAAACGGGCAACUCAACUCAGGGAUGGUUACAGCAGUGGAUUCAAUCCUCAGGUCUUUAGGGGAAGACCCUUCGAGAGAAGAGCUAGUUGGCACUCCAGUUCGUUUCGUAAAGUGGCUUACGAAUUUCCAAAACACUAGUUUUGAGAUGAAGUUAAAUGGGUUUGUCUACGGUAGAGGGGUUGAUUCACUGAAGGCAAAUGGAGAACCAGGAGUAAACCAUAAGCAAGAGCAGUUGCAGACCGAGGUAAACUUGUCUUUCUGGUCUCAGUGUGAGCACCAUUUGCUGCCCUUUUAUGGAGUUGUGCAUAUAGGGUACUUUGGGUUCAAUCCUAUUCCCAAGUCCCUUCUAAAAUCAAUUGUGCAUUUUUAUGGCUUCAAGCUCCAAGUACAAGAAAGACUCACUAGACAAAUUGCAGAGACUGUUUCGUCCUUAGUAGGUGGAGAUGUGAUGGUAGUUUUAGAGGCUGGGCACACAUGUAUGAUUUCCAGAGGCAUUGAGAAGUUUGGAAGUAGUACAGCUACAAUUGCUGUACUGGGACGAUUUUCAGCCGACCCCAAUGCAAGAGCCAUGUUUUUGCAGAGCCUCCCAAAUAGUAGUACUGCGUUGGGACCAUCUUGAUUGAUUAUAAUUGAAAACCACAGUUAAGUUUUGGUUGUUUCGUAGAAAUACCAUUGCUAUCUUCUGCCAUUUGUGUCUUUAUUUUGGUUCCCAUUGAUGCAAUAAUUAUGGAUUAAGAAUUUUGUGUUGUUUUGUCACGUUAACCUUAGAGUACGCGAGUUAAGCAGUGUAUCCAUCUAUUCAUGAUUGUUGAUCUUUAGGGCAAAUUUUGUUGAUCUUUCUCAUUUAUUUUCUCUUUCAUAGAUUUCUUGUUUCGUUCUUUAUCGAUGAAUAUCUUGG